AUGGCACAAUCGGCUACGGCUACUCCUCCUUCUGCUUCUGUUGAUAUGGCUGCUGAUCCUGGUGCUGAUCCUGGUGGUCCUGGUGGUUUUGGCGGUGCUGGCGGCGGUCCUGCCGCUUCUGGUCCACCCGGCCCUACUGGUAUCGAUCUUACUUCUGCCUCUGUUUCUGAUGUUGGUGGUCCUGGCGGUGGUCCCGGUGCUUCCGGUCCCAACGGCAUCGAUCUCACUUCCGCCUCCGCUUCUGAUCUCGGUGGUUUUGGCGCUUCUGGUCCAAUUGGUGGUACUGGCUAUGGUCAGGGUGAUGAGGACGAAUACGGCGAUGAGGACGAAUACGGCGAAGAAGAAGAAUACGGCGAAGAGGAAGAAUACGGCGGUGGAGGUGGCUACGGCGGUGCAGCUGGUGAAGCUGGCUACGGUGAAGCUGGCUACGGUGAAGGUGGCUACGGUGAAGCUGGCUACGGUGAAGCUGGCUACGGCGAUGACGACGAAUACGGCGCUCAGGCCGGCGGUGGCACUCAGGGUGGCUACGGUGCUCCGGCCAGCGGUGGCGCUCCAGGCAGUGGUGGCACUCAGGGCGGCUACGGCGCUCCAGGAAGCGGUGGCACUCCGGGCAGUGGUGGCACUCAGGCCGGCGGUGGCCCUCAGGGUGGCCAAGGAGCUCAGGGCAGCGGUGGCGCUCGAGGCAGUGGUGGCACUCAGGCUGGCGGUGGCGCUCAGGCCGGCGGUCACGCUCCUAUCGAUUCGCAUUACUAUGAGGUGCACGGCCCGGCAUCAGCAUUUGCUGCUGAAUUCGACCCUCACAUUUGUUCUUACGAGGAUCUGUGGCAUACAUUCGAGCCCACCAUGGUGCAGGCCAACGCUCAACAUGGGGGGGAGCAAUAUGUGUCCUUGAUUGACCAGGCAAUUCAGGAGGUCAGCCAAAAGACCGGCGUCGAGUCAUAUCUCCUGUUAUGUGUCAUCAUGCAAGAAAACUACCUACGACGCAGACCACGAGCCGACGGGAGGACUUAUGCAAACUUCAGGUUGCCAGGGUUUGGCUGCAUCGCACCCACGUUAGAGGAUGUCGUCGGCAUGCUCGAAAUGGGCGCCACCCACCUGCAGGGGUGCUUGACGCAGCAGCACGGCGACAUCUAUGAGGCCCUACGGGUAUACAACUCGGGGAGCAUCGCCGCUAGCGGCGACCUGGGCGAUCCUGCAAGUGUUGGCACGCCGGAUUAUGUCUGCGACGUGGCAAACCGUACACAUGGCUGGAUCAGUGGCGGCAAAUCCACGUAG